AUGCGUCUAAUCAUUCAAGGUCUGCUGGCGACAUGCCUAUACACGUCUUACCGCUACUACACCGGUACUGCCACCACCGCGCUCGACCACACAACGGGCAGCCUCACCACCUCUACGGCGCUCUCGGACGGCCGCGUACCCAUCUCGCGGCGUACAGUAGCAGUAGCCGACCUUCAUGGCGACCUUCCGCACGCUAUCAAUGUGCUAUCUAUGGCUUCGCUCGUCUCUCCUACCCAAAGCUCGUCCGCCUCGCAUCCGUACACCUGGAUCGGAGGCCACGACCAGCUCGUCUCGACAGGCGACAUCGUCGAUCGUGGAGACGACACCAUCGCGCUCUAUCGCCUCUUCCAGUCCCUUCGCAACCAAUCUGCUCUGGUCGGAGGCGAGGUCAAGCAAUGUUUGGGGAAUCACGAGGUGAUGAAUGCCCUGGGUGACUGGCGGUACGUGACGCGAGGGGAUGUGGACAGUUUUGGUGGGCCGCAGGCGAGGAGGAAAGCGAUGUCUGUGGACGGCUGGAUCGGGCAGGACUGGCUGAAGGGGUACAAUGUUACGCAGACCGUCUCGCUGCUACCGGCAAACCACCCGAGACUGCCAAGUGGAUACACGCCGCCCAAGGUCUCGUUCGUGCACGGAGGCAUCACACCCGAAUACGCCGAGCGAGGCGUGGACUACAUCAACAAGAUCGGACAUGGUUUCUUACUCAAGGCGCUUUCCGCACUCAACUCAAAUCACACCACUGAGGAAGAGGCAUUGUGGUCGUCAGAUGGCCCGCUGUGGUAUCGCGGAUAUGCUACCGACUCGAACAACAUGGCGUGUCAGAAUGCGGAGAAAGCAAGUAAGACCCUAGGCGUUAGGCAUCUGGUCAUGGGCCACACGCCGCACAUGGACGGCUUCGUCACUCGGUGCGACAACAAAGUGCUGCUCAUCGACACGGGGAUAUCCAGAGCCUACGGGGGCGAGCAGAGCGCCUUGGUGAUCGAUUUCGAUCUCGUACCGACUAAAGGCGAGAGGGAUGGACGAAAGAGGUGGGUCGAGAAGGAGACUCUCACUGCACUUUACCGAGGGAGACGGGCGAAAGUUCUCGCUUCCACAGAGACCGAGCUCUGGCUCUGA